AUGAGACUUCACCUUCAGCUAUUGCCCAAAAACGCUGUAAUUUCAGUUGUGAAAAGGGUGUUUCAUUCUGGGUCUUCUUUAAAGGCUGCUCAGGGUGUCCUGAGCUGUAAUCUGUCUAAUGAUGACUUUGUGUCGAAAUUGCUGGAAAGAAGGUGGUCACUGAGUAGCCCAGAAGCCAAAAUUCACCAAAUAAGGAUUUUUGGCCGACGGGAAGGUGGAUUACAUGGGAACAUUUCCUUCCGCAAUAAUAUGCAACCACAUUUGAGUGAAUGCACGUUAGACAAGAACCAACAUCGUCCAUCGUUUUAUAUUGUGAGGGAUGAUUUGCUACAUCCAUUGGUGAAUGGUAACAAGGCGAGGAAAUUGGAUGCUCUGCUUCCUCUCCUUGAAGAUAAUUUUGUAACUGAUGUUGUUACAUGUGGAGGUUGCCAAAGUGCUCAUGCUGCUGCUGUUGCUGUUUCAUGUGCUGAGAUAGGAUUAAGGUCCCACUUGCUACUUCGAGGAGAAGAGCCUGAAACUCUAACAGGCUACAAUUUGAUCUCGUCAUUAUAUGGAAAUGUCAUUUAUGUUCCUAGAUCUCAAUAUGCCAGGAGGGAGGUUAUGCUUGCCAUGCAUGCUGAGUCAGUUUCAGGAAGUUGUGGAUCCGUUGAAUGCCUCAGUGAUUAUCUGGAGGCUUUGUUUGCAAAACAUGCAUUGGGGAAACAGAACUUUUUGCAGGGGGAUUCGAUUAAAUUUCCAGAUAGAAAGGUUGUUAUAAUCAAUGAAGGUGCAGGAGAUGCUGUUGCCUUACUAGGUGUCAUGCGCCUAGUCCAGUAUCUAUCCCAAAACCAUGUAUUUGGAAGAAAACAGGCAAUUGAAAUUGUUGUAGACGCUGGUACUGGGACCACAGCUGUUGGUCUGGGUCUUGGAGCUUUAUGUUUAGGUCUACCAUGGAAGAUUACUGCAGUUAUGUUGGCUGACAAAAUUGAUGGAUACAAAAAAGCUGAGGAAAGAUUAAUUUCCGAAUUUAUUAGAAGUUGCAACUCUCCACUUCUCAGUGCUGUUUUGAGCGAAGUGAAUGAUGGAGUCGUGCACUGGAUGGAGCGCAGCUUCCCUAGAAAAUUUGGCAAUAUAUUACAAGGGGAAGUUCAAGAAUGCCAAAAAAUUGCCCAGCAAACUGGUAUUCUGGUGGAUCCUAUAUACACUUUAGCUGCUUGGAAUCUAGCGACACAGCUCGCCCAAGAUGCUUCAGAGGAUGCAAAAGUGGUGAUGCUUCAUACCGGAGGCACAUUAGGAAUGUACGGAUUGGCCCAGCGGUAUUAUCAUCGCUGCAUCCAUCCUUCUCCUUCUCCGGUGAAAUCGCUAUUGUCGUCUACAAACCCGCACCUGGUCCAACCAGGGAUAUAUCAUGGACAAGAGACUGGAAGCAUAUCAAAUUAUGGGCAUCAAGGAGUGUCUGUGGACCUCAAUAAUUUAUACACAAGAGGACUUGCUGAAAGAGGCUCUCCGCCAUGGCGGGAUGAUGACAAAAAUGGGCAUUAUGUAUUUGGGCUUGGAGAGAAUUUAACCUCUCGCUAUAAGAUCCUGAGAAAGAUUGGUGAAGGUACAUUUGGUCAAGUUUUGGAAUGCUGGGACAGGGAACAAAAGGAAUUGGUUGCAAUAAAAAUUGUCCGAAGCAUUAAGAAGUAUCGCGAAGUAGCAAUGGUAGAAAUUGACGUGCUUCAGUUGCUUGGAAGAUAUGAUAAAAAUGGCAGUCGUUGUGUUGAAUUACGGAACUGGUUUGAUUAUCGUAACCAUAUUUGUUUAGUAUUUGAGAAGCUUGGACCAAGCUUAUUCGAUUUUCUACGGAAAAACAGUUACCGCUCAUUUCCAGUUGAUCUAGUCCGCGAGAUUGGCAGACAACUUUUGGAAUGUGUAGCAUUCAUGCAUGAUAUGCGUCUCAUCCAUACCGAUUUGAAGCCGGAGAACAUACUCUUUGUUUCUCCGGAGUACGUGAAAAUACCUGACUUCAGGAUUGCAUCUUGGUCGUUAAGAGAUGGGUCUGCUUAUAAGAGAUUGCCAAAGUCAAGUGCUAUUAAGGUUAUUGACUUUGGUAGUGCGGUCUAUGAGUGUCGAGAAUACAAUUAUAUUGUUUCCACUAGACAUUAUCGUGCCCCUGAGGUUAUUCUUGGACUUGGCUGGAGCUAUCCAUGUGAUAUAUGGAGUGUUGGUUGCAUCUUGGUUGAGUUAUGCUCGGGUGAAGCUUUGUUUCAGACUCAUGAGAAUUUAGAACACCUGGCCAUGAUGGAGAGAGUGUUGGGUCCUCUACCCCAAUACAUGUUGAAACGUGUAGAUCGGCAGGCCCAUAAAUAUGUAAAAUGGGGUAGGUUGGACUGGCCUGAAGGUGCAACUUCUAGAGAAAGCAUUAAGGCUGUCACAAAGCUGCCUUGCCUUCAGAAUGUAGUAAUGCAGCAUGUGGAUCAUUCAGCUGGAGAUCUGAUAGACCUCUUGCGAGGGCUUCUUCGGCAUGACCCUUCUGUCAGGAUGACUGCUCACGAAGCCCUCAAGCAUCCUUUCUUUACCAGAUACGGAUUCUCGAAGUUUGAUAGAGAGCGAAAAUUGCUGGCCUGA